AUGUCUUCCAAAGUACUUCAUGCUGGGAUUUCAAAGAGACCAGAUCCAAAAGCACCGAAAACACCGAAAACGCCAAACAAGCUUGAUCAUAUUAAGCAUUUUAUUGAUCAGGAUCAGGAUGGGGGGAACUUGUCCCAAGAGCAGGAUAAAGGGGCGAGGGUUCAACCCUCCAAUACCGAUAUUCCGGGCCACAUCCAAUCCGGAAAUUUCAACGAGGCCCAACAUGCGGGAGAGUCAGUAGCCCAGUCAAUCGAGCCUCCAGAUACGGAAAUGGAGGACAAAGAUUCAAUUUCUCAGGACCCGGGACAGAGUAAAAAGCCAACGCCGGAACAGGCCAGUCAGCUGCAGCGCCAUGAAAUAAAACCAGCUAGUCUCAAAGAUAGUAUUCUUGACGAUAGUGAACUUUUGGCUGACCUGCGCUCGCUGUCUUUAAAUGAGGACAGUGAUGCAACUGCAGAUGGUUGGGGGAUCAGGAGAGGAUCUAAGUUUUGCAUUCUCCAGUAUGGACCGCGUCAGCAUGCUAUGUUCAAGGCAAAAUAUACAUAG